AUGCCUGGGCUUCCAGCUUCAGUCGAUCUGGAUGAAUGCAUAUCCCGUUUGUAUAAGAAAGAACUCUUAGCCGAGUCCGUAAUCGAGGCGAUAUGUGCCAAGACAAAAGAACUGCUCAUGCGAGAGAGCAACGUCGUCCAUGUCAGGGCCCCCGUCACCGUCGUCGGUGAUAUACACGGCCAGUUUUACGACCUCAUCGAGAUAUUUAAAAUCGGCGGUUGGUGUCCGGAUACGAACUACUUAUUUCUCGGCGAUUAUGUAGACCGCGGUAUGUUCAGCGUCGAGACUAUAUCUUUACUCGUGUGCCUCAAGCUUAGAUAUCCUAACCGCGUACACCUAAUCCGAGGCAACCACGAGUCGCGCGGCGUAACGCAAUCUUAUGGAUUCUAUACCGAAUGUUCGCGCAAAUACGGAAACGCAAAUGUCUGGCACUAUUUCACGGACAUGUUCGACUUCCUUACCCUCUCAGUCGUCAUCAACGACCAGAUCUUCUGCGUGCACGGCGGUCUCUCCCCCUCGAUCCAUUCCAUCGACCAGAUAAAAAUCAUCGACCGGUUCCGGGAGAUACCGCACGAGGGCCCAAUGGCCGACCUAGUAUGGUCCGACCCAGAUCCCGAGAGAGACGAAUUUUCAUUAUCGCCCCGCGGCGCAGGCUACCAGUUCGGCGCGCGGGUAGUCAAGAAAUUCCUUGCAGUAAACGGAAUGAACCAUAUAUUACGCGCGCACCAGCUCUGCCAGGAAGGAUUCCAAGUCCUCUACGACGACCAGCUGAGCACGGUGUGGAGCGCGCCCAACUACUGCUACCGGUGCGGUAAUAUGGCUAGCGUACUCGAAGUCAGUGAUGCUGGGGAGCGUUUCUUCAACGUGUUCGCGGCCGCGCCCGAAAAUGACCAGCACAAGGAAAUACAGCAGGGAGGAGAGAAGACAGCCGAUGGAAAUGCGCUGCCGGAUUAUUUCUUAUAA